CGGCCACUCCAGAAAUUAUUUCUGGGUCGACUGAAUGAAUGUGGCUCUAAUUUACAGCACACCCACUGGCCACCAUGUUUGGCAGGAUAUAUAUAGAUAAACGCAGGCUCUUCAAUUCUUAAAACAGCCAUUAAUAUAUACGGAGUAUAACAUUAAUAUAUACGGAGUAUAAUUUCUUGCCACCCAAAGCUCGAUCAUAUAUCCAUGGUCCUGUACGUGUUUGAAUCGGUAGCUAGCUGCUAGGCGCAUUUGUUUUGCCGCGGCGAUCUCACAACCCUCGCUCAAAUUUACAUCCCUCUUCGCGUUCUUAGGGUAUAGGUUUAUUACCGCAGAAGGCUAUGGAUCAUCAACUCAGAAAGUUGCUUCAGGCCAAUAUAAACAGAUUGGGGCUAGAGAGGGAGAUGGUUUCUUCUACCGCUGAACAAUCACUGGACAGCAGUAAUAUGCAUUCCCUUGGUCCUGCUUUGGACUCUGAUCCAGAGCUGGAAUACAUUUUCCAGAUUCUACUGGAGGAGGAAAACAUUGAUGGGAACAUGCUCUUUGAUCCCAUUGCGCUUAGAGCUACUGAGAAAUCCUUUAUGGAAGCCUUGCAUGGUUACUCUUCCUCACCUUUUCACAGCAAUGAUGUUGAUCCCAUUGAACCUGUGGCAUCUGAUUGGAGCUACAAUAUUGAUCCCAUUAAAUCUCAAUCAUCUAUUGCAUGUGAUCUUCCGAAUCUCACCAUCCAGCCGUCAUUAAGCAACACUAACUCGGGUGGGCUAAAUGGGGAUUUAUGUAGCCUGGAUAGCCUUAAUAUGGUUCCAAAUAUAUCAAGUAAUGAUUAUCUUGAAUCCAUUUUGAAAUCACAGAUGGGUGUGGAGCAAGCUGAUAAGUACCAAUCCCGACCAGAGAUCAAAGAUGUUGUUUCCAAUAUAGAGAAAGACCAAUUAGCUGAUCUGUGUAGAGGAAAGAAGCAUUACCAUUCAGAUGAAAGUGGGUUAGAAGAAGAAAGGAGGAUGAAGCACUCUGCAAUCUAUAAGGAGGAGGUUGAGUUAUCAGAAGUGUUUGAUAAGGUUUUGUUGUGUGCUGAUGACGACGACUCUCCAGCUAGAGUCGGCCGCACACAACAAAAAGGGCGAACUGGGCGCAAGAGCCAUUCAAAGAAAAGAAGUGACAGUUGUGAAAGUGUGGAUUUGGAGGCUCUUUUGACUAGUUGUGCACAAUCUGUUGCUAAUGCUGAUUAUAGCGCCGCGCAAAAUAAAUUGAAGAAGAUUAGGCAGCACGCUUCGCCAGUUGGCAAUGCUAUGCAAAGGCUCACUAAUUAUUUUGUUGAUGGUCUUGCUGCACGGCUAGAUGGAACUGGGACACAGUUGUGUGCAACUAUAUCUGAAUCUCCUAAUGAGAGCAUAAUAACUGAGAUGCUAAAAUCCAAAUUAUCACCUUUGCCAUUUAUGAGAGUAUCCUAUUUCUUUAGAAAUAAAACGAUUUACGAACUAGCAUCAGAAGCUGAAUCACUGCACGUUAUAGAUUUUGGUAUUCUUCACGGUAUUCAGUGGCCUACUCUUAUUCGUGAUCUUUCAGAAAGGCCCGGUGGUCCUCCAAAACUUCGAAUAACAGGGAUUGAGCUUCCCCAACCUGGUUUCCGUCCAUCGCAAAUGGUAGAGCAGACUGGUUGUCGGUUGGGAAAAUAUAGUGAGCGUUUUGGUGUACCAUUUGAGUACAAUUCAAUAACAUCAAAGAAUUGGGAGACACUUAAAAUUGAUGACUUCAAACUUGCAAAUGUUGGUGAGGUGGUUGUUGUUAACUCUGCUGGUCGACUCGAAUCCCUAUCGGAUGAAACACUAGUUGUUGGGGACGGCCUCUGCCCCAGAGAUGCGGUUUUAAAUUUAAUCCGGGAAAUAAAUCCUGAUGCAUUUGUGCAGUCUAUACGUAAUGAAGCCACCAACUCUCCUUUCUUUCUCACUCGGUUUCGAGAGACUCUCUUACACUACUCUGCUGCCUUUGAUAUGUUUGAUGCUACUUUACCAAGCCAUAGUCAAGAGAGGUUGACUUUCGAAAAAGAAUUUGUGGGACGUGAUAUAAUGAAUAUCAUUGCAUGUGAGGGAAAAGAAAGAUCACAUAAGUGUGAAACAUACAAGCAGUGGCACUCUCGAAAAAUAAGAGCUGGGUUGAAACCCGUUCCCAUAAACCCUAAAGUUUUGAAGGACUACAGAAUCAAGGCGAGAGCAGGAUAUCAUAAAGAUUUUCUUUUUACCGAAGACGGCCAUUGGAUCCUGCUGGGUUGGAAAGGUCGGAUUAUUGGUGGCAGCUCUUGUUGGGUAAGUGCGCGCCGGACUUAGCUUGCAACCUUUGACAAUAACUAUUGUGAAGCAAUCUUUCCGCAUGAAGUAACCUUUUGAGCAAUAUUGCAAUUCACAUUUCAUGCUUUUCGUAUCUUUACAGCGUAGCCCACAAGUAGUUGUUUUCGAAAUUUAAAGCCAUAAGCUGUGGUCAAGAAAAGUUCUUUACUCUUUAGAGAUCAUCCGUGAAGGUCAUUUUCUAGCUUUGAACUUUUUAUUUAGAAAAUUGCAGUUGAUUACAUCCUAUCAAAGUUAAGUGUUUGAGACUUAAGAGACUGUUUAAAUACUUUUUCCAUUCCAAAAUAAGGGUAAGUAUUUCUCUUUUGAAUUGUCCCUAAAGGUUAUGUUUCCAUUUUUAGACAAAUUAUAUUCCAUAUCAUUCAUACUUUAUUAAAUGGGAUUUUUGACCCACCGCUUACAAUGUUGUUAUGUGACUCAUAUGUCACAUGUUCAAAUCUUAAGAAUUGUCUCUUGUAAAAAUGAUAAGGAAAGUUUGCCCUUUAUACACCAUUAUGGCGAGGACGCACUGAGC